AUGGCAGAAUCCUGCAAUUGUACAUCUGAUUGUAUUUCCAAGACAAGCGUCCCCUUGACCAACCUGCGCUUGAUCAUCACCAGCCUCUUCAUCAGAUAUCCAUCUCUACGAGAAAACGAAUUGGCAAUUUCUGACUACGUUAUAGAAGUUGCCAAGGGUGUCACGGAGAAAAGAUUCAUGGAGUUGAAGUUCCAGUGGCUAAAAGCAAAAUAUAGUGCAACGUGUUUUAGGUUUUUCUUCUACAAUUCGCUUAAAUAUGUAGAUAAUUGUAAAAUGGCUCAAGCUCUUCUGCGUGAAUGUAUAAAAAUGAAAAAAUUCAAAGAAUAUGUAGCGUUCAGAGAGAGACAUUCAAAGAUGAUUGAAAAGUUUCUCUCGAUAGGAAUGACUACCAGAGAUUGGGAAGAGUUGCUUGAGGCCAAAAAACAAGAGCUUUUGGCCUUCAAGCUAGAAUAUUCAGAUUUUCUAACAGAGAGAGAGAAGUGUUUGGCUGAAUCAAUUCAAAAUGAUAAAGAGUUGAUCAGACUUAGAGAGCUAAUAAUUGAAAAUUAA